AUGGCUGUUUACUCCUUAGCUCAAAGAAUAAAAAUGGUUGACCUAAUAACCAGAAUUACUAACACCAAAGAUGCUGCUAAUUCCAUCAAGGCAAUGUUGAUGGAAGCUGGAAAGUAUGGAUACAGAGAUUUGAGCUAUUUCUUCUUGCUUCUCGAUCGGACCAGCUUCCAGAAAAGAUCAUCAAUUUGUGCAGUUGAGGAAGAUAUAAACAGCUUCGUCAUUGUUAAAUUAGCCAUACAUAGUUGCACUGCAAAUCAAGAAAAUUGUUGGUGGAAAGAACUAUAUCUAAAUGGCAUGAAAGUCAGAUGCAAAUUAGACACAGGUGCUGAAGUCAACGUCAUGUCAAAAACAGUUUUUGAACAACUUCCUAAAAGACCAAAGCUAACAAAGACCAACACAGUUCUUAAACCUUAUGGCAGUGGAAAACUUCAGCCUCUAGGAUCAUCAUUUGUUGAAACAAUAAUUAAAGAGAAUGGUUUAACUUUAAGACGGAACCGAAGAGAUCUCAUCUACACUAAAGAAGAUCCACCUAUAUGCGCACCACCAGUGGAUGAUAGCACAGAUCAUUUUCCACCAUUAGAAACAACACAACCACAAAGGUUGGAAUUCACCCUCAGUGCAACAGUCCAACAGCUUGUAAAGGGCUAUUUCCGCGAUGUUCAACAGCGCUCCUCAAUGAAUUUUACAAACAGAUGGGUCUUGAGAUUCGCUCUGAACUUCGUAAGUGAUGGAAAAGUAGUCAGAGAAGUAGCCAGUGCAAGAGAACAAGAUAUGGAGAUAUAUGAGAAAAGAAAAGGGCGCGAGCAACUAGACGAGCAGCAGAGUUGA